GAAACCAUGGAGAACGACCCGGUUAAUGUGAAUGAGUUUCAAGAACUUGCCAGACAAGCUCUUCCAAAGAUGUACUAUGAUUAUAUCAGUGGAGGAGCUGAAGACCAGUUUACCUUGAAGGAGAAUAUGGAAGCAUUUCAAAGAAUUAUGUUACGGCCCAGGGUUCUUGUAGAUGUGAGCAAAAUAGAUAUGUCAACGACCUUGCUGGGGUACAACAUGUCUUCACCUAUCAUGGUUGCCCCGACUGGAGCGCAGAAGUUGGCACAUCCUGAUGGGGAAUUGGCAACAGCAAAAGCUGCAGCAGCAUGUAACACAAUAAUGGUGUUAUCAUUUGCGUCUAGUUACACUAUUGAGGAGGUUGCUUCCACUUGCAAUGCUGUUCGUUUCUUUCAGUUAUAUGUAUACAAGAGGCGAGAUGUUUCAGCAAAACUAGUACAGCAAGCUGAGAGUAAUGGAUUUAGAGCUAUUGUUGUAACAGUUGACACUCCAAGGCUUGGUCGAAGGGAGGCAGAUAUAAAAAACAACCUGAUCAUACCAAAAAUGAAAAAUCUUGAAGGUCUGUUAUCGCUGGACGUUAAUGUUAAAGGUGGUUCUAAUCUUGAGGCCUUUGCAUCUGAAACUUUGGAUCCUUCUUUGAGUUGGAAGGACAUAGGAUGGCUGAAAUCUAUUACAAACUUGCCAAUUUUGAUGAAGGGCAUUCUGACUGCAGAAGAUGCUAUGAAGGCAGUAGAAGCAGGAGUAUCUGGUAUAGUUGUAUCUAAUCAUGGUGCUCGCCAACUUGAUUAUGCACCAGCAACAAUAUCUGUUCUUGAAGAG